AUGAGGUCGUGCUUCAGGCGAUGUGGGCGACGGUUCGACCGCGUGCUGGACCAGGCUCGAGCAACGUCUGCGCCCAAUACCGUCGGGCUGGCCGUGCUGUUCGAGGCGCAGCGUACAGAAGCGCACGUCAAGCCAAGGCGGCCGUUCGACAACCGCAUGGAGGACGACACGUGGGCGAGAUACAAGGGCGUGUGGCUAUGUCUGCUGUGUGUCUGGUUCCGCACGCAGGAAAUGGACGACGACAAGCGGCCACCGUAUAAACUGACGCCGUCACAGGCAGAAGCGUGGGACUUGUUCGAGCAGAUGGCGGAAGUAGCCAGCACGGGGACGGGGCAUCAGACGCAGGAGAAGCUGGAACGCGCAGCACUCGACAUGCUCAUCAGCAUGCUGGACCACCAGCUGAAGGGCGGAGACUACAGCAGUGCUCUUCUCAGCGCUCUCGCGGUGAUGGGCAUUGCCGAGAAUGGCGGCUGGGUUCAGAUCACGGACUACACGACGAAGUACUCGGCCGUGGUCAAGGUAGCGCGCAUGCUGGUGAUCCAUCAGGCAUACACCGAGCGUCGUGACGAGGUCGCCGAGCUGGAAACGUCUCUGGGGAAGGAUGAAGCAGAGGACGCGGCGCGGAGUUUAUUCCAGCACACGCGGGCGAAGGUGCGGCGGUUCAUGACGCGGACGACGGGCGACAAGGAUGCGGAGCCGACACCGAAGGACUGGAUUCUCGAGACGCGGACGUACGGGAUGCACAUCCAAUAUAACACAGCAGCGGCCGGUGUCAUCGACUGGGUCGGUGAUCGCGUGUCAUACAGACGGGUACGGUUCACGAUGGGGCAGCUGUCGGACGCACUACAUGAGCUGGUCCGAGAGACGCGGGAGCUGCUCGCAGAGCUGACGGCGACGGAGGAUUCGGGUUCGGCGGACGGUCCGGAAAGCGACGUCCGGUCACAGCUGCCAGCCAUCCCAUGGUCGUCGAUCGAAGACGACCACAGCGAGACAAAGCCCGGGUACUCGUUUCUCGCCGACGACCGCAACAGCUGGGUUUCCGCCGGGGACGGCUGGCUGUUCAUGCGGCUGGCGCGGUCGCCCGCCGCUGCGGAACGGUGGGGACUGAGCAGCAUAGGCAACGGUCGCGGGACGACAGACCGGCCGUUCCAGCCGUCAGCCGUGCAGGAGUUCGGUAGGACGUUUUGA